AUGUACGCGCAAAUCCUCCCUCUCGCCGCCCUGGCCGCCACCGUCUCCGGCCACGGUCUGAUAACAACGCCUACACCCCGCGGCCCAGGCGACGCAUCCUCCGCUGCAUGCGGGUCCUCCGUCGUCGCCAACAUCAAGGGCGACCUGACCUCGCACGUCGAAGGGCUACCCGAGCUCGCCGCCAAGGACACGGGGUACCACGGCGAGCUCUGCAACCUCUGGCUAUGCCGUGGCCUGCAGUACGCCGACAACGCGGCCAACGUGCAAGCCUACAAGCCCGGCCAGGUAGUCUCCAUCGAGGUGGAACUGACGAUCCCGCACGCCGGCGCCGCCAACGUGUCUAUCGUCGACACCAAGACUAACACCAUCAUCGGCGAACCUCUGCUCAACUGGCCUGCCGGCUACGCCGACGAGCGCCAGUUCUACGCUCACCAGACCCCUGCCAACCAGACCAAGUUCGACGUUACUAUCCCCGAGGACCUCGGCUCCAAGUGCGCUGAUGCUGGUUCUUGUGUCCUUCAGUGGUGGUGGUACGGAACGGGAGCGAAGCAGACCUACGAGAGCUGCAUCGACUUCACCGCGUAA